GCGGCCACGCCACUCUAGCCAUCAGCCACACCACCUACAAGGAAGAGCACGCGGAUCGAAAGCGAUCACUCCCGCAUUUUAAGUUGAUUAUCGUUUGAAACAAGGUGUCUUUCCCCCUUGCAACCACUCAUUAAGGAAGAAUCGCCAUGUCAUCAACUGAGGAAACCUCUUUGAAGGCGGGUCAUCCCCCAGCAGUUAAAGCCGGGGGCAUGAGAAUCUCCCAGCACAAACCUAACAAGGACAAGCCGGAGAAAGACCCCAAUGCUGAGGAAGGCGAUGACCACAUUAACACCUUUUCUGCCGUCACUAGUCCUCCUAAAAUGACCACAGUGUCAGGUGCUCCAAUGAGAGGAAACGCUGACUUCCCAACUGAGGCUGUGCAACACUUCCAUAACAAGCCUGUGCCGACGCAUGACGCUCGACCUACCCAUGACAGGCCCACCAACAUCCAGCAGCCAAGGAAGCAGUAGAUAGGAGCUCAAGUUACUGCAACAGCACACAUUUGAUAGCUUUGUUCUAAAUUGAAAGAUUGCCUGUGCCUUGAUUGUAUUGACACCUGACUUACUGGCUCAGAAAGGCUUUGUUAUUCAAUACCUGAUCAUGCUGAUGCUCUGCUCAGCCAGAAAGUAGUUCAAUAAUUGCCAGGAUGAAGCUCUAUGACCUGAUGUGUGUUGUUCUAUGAUUGAUUACAGAGUAAUUACUCUGUAAUCCUUUGGAACUGUUUUGUACCUUGUUAAUCAAUCCAGUGAAAUUGGUUUAUUCGGGAUACCUGUAAUAUUUUUAUUUUUCAAUUUAAUUAUGUUAAAAGUAUAUUUUGAAAGAAUGUUUAUUUUCAUUUAAACCUUUGUGGUGCUGUUGAUUAUAAUAAAUUUAAUUUGAUUGUCAGUGUUGUUUCAAAAACAAAGUAGCCUUUUUAAAAUGGGGUCUUGUAAUUGCUUCAGAUGUUCACAAAUGCAACGCCAAAUUCGAUUCUUUUAGCAUAAAAUGAGUUGCUCUUGUACUUUUAGGACAUGGUUCAAUUGGUGAUACUGUUUCCUUGUUUCUCCUCUGCUUGAGGCCUAAUUUCUGUUAUUAUUCCUUUCUGGGGUUUAUUUUUUUAUUCCAUCAAGUACAAAGCCUGUUGCACAUUCCAAUCAACAAGCUCUGAUUGUCUCACACACUUGUUCUUGCUUUAUUCCAGUUGUCAAAAGUACCUGCUUCGUAGUUUGGACAAAGACAAAGUUGCAUUUGUUUGGUUAUCAAUUAUAAAUUGGUACAGAGUUGCAUUUUGAAGAAUUUAUUGAGAUUAAAUCGAUUAGUGUGGGUGAA